AUGCCCAGCGUCGUCGUGAACUGCAAGUUCAACCCCCCAGUGCUCUCCAUCGUCGGGGCGCCGCUGCGGCAGGAAACCCUCGACACCCUCGAGAAGGCCCUCCCGCGCUGCAUGACGACCAGCCAAAACAGCCUGAGCGUCGCCAACGGCGGGGCGCCGAAGUUCGUGCUUCUCAACAACCAGCCUAACACGUGGCGCAUGUCGAUUGGGCAGCACUACUGCGACCAGCGCGGCCGCUGCGUCGUCUUCUCGGAGGUCAUCAACGCGCUCCACGCGGAGGGCUGGACGCUGCGCACCACGAACUCCCACGAGUCCGACAACGAGAAGGACGUGGCCCGCCUCUUCUUUUGGCGCGCCGGCUGA